UUCACUCUUCGUCUAGACUGGGGAGAGGACGCAGAGGAACUGGAGGCGGUGGCUGAACGACGGUGGUGGUUGCGGAUGAAAAUGAGGACUGGCGGCGGACUUGUCUAUCAACGCCCACGCCCCACCGCUCUGUACUCGCUAUUUCCGAGCCAUGGCAGACCCAAGUUUCGGUGCUCUUCCUCUUAUUCGUCAUCCCCUGAUCAUGUAUCGUUCAUCAAAGAUGUGGGUGCAACUUCACCUCCAGAGCAUUUGCCCCAGCUGUUGAAAAUGCUUCAAGUAAGAGGUGAAUCCGUCAUUUCUCCUGGAGCCAAGCAAGGGUUGAUCCCCCUUGCGGUUCCUCUAUCAAAAAACAGAUCAGGUGCUGUAACUUCACUCCUGCGAUGGCCAACAGCUCCUCCUGGGAUGGAGAUGCCAGUGGUAGAGGUCCGUAAACACGGAGUUUGGCUUUUAGCCAAAAAUGUAGACCAAUAUAUUCACAGAAUCCUGGUUGAAGAAGAUGCCAAUCACUCAGAGAAAAGGAACGAUGAGCUAUUUCAUGCUUCGGCUGAUGCUGGGAAAAAACUUUAUAGAAAGGGUGGCUUUGCUGAAUCUCAGCUUUUAAACCUUGAUGUCUAUCUUCUAAGAAAGGUUGGUUUGUUUCCAGACGUUCUAGAACGUAAAGUGAUGCACCAUUUUGAGAAAGGGGACCAUGUUUCAGCUUUAGUGACUGGGGAGUUCUAUACAAAGAAGAAACAUUUUCCAGGAUUUGGACGGCCAUUUGUUUUUAAUGCAGAGGUUUUGUUGAAAGUUGGACGCACUCUAGAAGCUAAGGAUGCUGCUAGAGGGGCACUGAAAACACCAUGGUGGACGUUGGGUUGCAAAUACCAGGAAGUUGCUGAUAUGGCACAAUGGGAAGAUGAGCAAAUUGAAUACAUUAAGAAGAAAGUGACAGAAAAGGGCAAGCAAGAAGAUCUACAGAAGGGAAAGCCACCUGCUCAGAUUGCAUUGGAUGAGGCUGCUUUUCUGUUGGAUUUAGCUUCUGUUGAAGGGACCUGGAAUGACUUUGUGGAGCGGAUUGCUGAAUGUUAUAAGGAGGCUGGACUCCAUGACAUUGCAAGAUUUGUGCUAUACCAAGACUGAGCAUUAAACAUGGGAUGGGGCUAGCUAAGUUAAUUUUGUAAUAACCAUAGAUAUCCAAUUUUGGAUGCCAAUUUUGUUUACUAGGAUUUAGAAUUUACACCUUUCUUCUUAGACAACUUGUCUCUUUUGGGUGUUAGCAUGGGUCAGAUGGCUUCUAUUCCAUUCCAGUAAUGUUAAAAGUGAUUGGCCUAGAUCAUGAAAUGUUAAAACAAGAAGGAAAAGGAAACGUAUUUGCUUUUGCCCUUGGAUAUUCA